UACCCUCAUAGGCGUUCAGACUACUGAACAGAAGCACUAAAUGAAUGCAGAGCUGUGGAUUGUUUUAUGGAUGUUUUAGGUUGUUUUAUAAUUUUAUUCUCAGGCUCUUCUCCAGAGUCUUUACGUCUGCACAAAGUGAAAGAAACCUAAAAACUGCCUUAGCGUAUCGGAGCCUCUGGUCUGCCUCGCUGCCAGCUUCAGGCUUUGCUCUGAAGCCCACAAUGGAGCCUAAACUGUACCGGCCCCCUCCAGAGGUCAGGGGUAUGACCUCCCUGGACAAAGAGGCCUUCACACAGACCAUUACUGUCCCAGCUAUACGGGUGCCCACUGGCGUGUUAAACAAAGUGGUCAAGAGCCUGAGGAAGGCGACCAUCCAGCGCCCAGGGGUGCCCAGAGUGGUGCAGGACAAAGAGGAGAGUAGUGACUUUCGUUUAUUGCUGUUGGACCCCCACAGAGUGACCUCUCCCAGCUCCUUCAGUGAAGCUGAAGCCGAGGCUCUGAGGUCAUUCAGUGUCCCCGAAGAGCUGCAGCACUACGAGCUGCGGCUCACCUAUCACAACCUGAAGAGUGAAGAGGUGCUGGAGGCUGUGCUCCCUCAGGGUCAGGACGUGACCUCUGGGUUCAGCCGGGUGGGACACAUCGCACACAUGAACCUGAGGGACCACCAGCUCCCAUAUAAGAACCUCAUAGGUGAAGUCAUCAUGGACAAAAACCCUGGCGUUACCUGUGUGGUCAAUAAGAUAAACAUAAUUGACUCCACUUAUCGCAACUUCAAGAUGGAGGUGCUGGCUGGAGAGGAGAACAUGGUCGCAAAAGUGAAAGAAAACGGGGUGACAUACGAGUUUGAUUUUUCUCGUGUAUACUGGAAUUCCCGGCUGAGCACAGAGCACCAGCGCGUGGUGCAGCUCGUGAAACGUGGCGACACCGUGUUCGAUGUGUUCGCUGGAGUUGGACCCUUCGCCCUCCCGGCUGCCCGCUCAGGUGCCAACGUCCUGGCCAACGAUCUCAACCCAGAGUCACACCGGUGGCUGCAGCACAACUGCAAACUCAACAAGGUGGAGAAGAAAGUGCGAACCUUUAACCUGGACGGCAGAGCGUUCAUCCAGGGGCCGGUGAAGCAGGAGCUGCCCGCGCUGCUUAAGGGAGAAGCUAGUGUUCAUGUAGUGAUGAACCUGCCCGCCUUGGCUCUGGACUUCCUGGACGCAUUCAGAGGCCUGUUGCACCAGGAGUCUUCCUGUGAGGAGAACUUACCCACAGUGCACUGCUACGGCUUCUCUAAACCUGACCAGCCUGAGACGGACGUGGUGGAGAGGGCUUCCCGCAGCCUCGACUUCCCCCUGAAGGACCGUUGUUCGGUGCAUUUUGUGCGUAAUGUAGCGCCCAACAAAGAUAUGCUGUGUGUGAGUUUCACACUCCCUAAAGAGGUCCUCUUCAGCGGUGAUCAUGAACAGACAGAGCCUUCAGCAGAACCUGCUCCAAAGAGACAGAAGUGUGAAGAAGCCACAGAUUCAACGUAAUCAGCAUAUCGACCCGCCACUGUAAGGAAACAUUUGAGUUGAGAAUUCGUUUUUGUUUUUUUACAAACUACGUUUUACUGAUGCUUUUAGAACACAUGAUAUUGCAUCUUGUAAUAAGAAAUCCUGACCCAGCUUUACUUCAAUUGGUGACUUCCUUUUGUUCAUACUAGAAUGUAUUAGAACUAUUAUUAUUCAGAGCUUAACAUCAAACGUCCAAAGUUGUUUCAUUUUCAAAUAAAUCUAUACAAUAAUGU